GGGCCGCGUAGGCGCGCACGCGCACUCACUAGGAGCUCCAAGGCUUGAGUUCCUGCUGUGAUGCCGCACCUCUGGUUUUUUGUUCCGGGCUUCCUCUCGGUGGUUACAGCUCCGAACCGGUUUUAGGGGGUUUCUCAGCCUCCAGGCCCCAUUUGGAGUGUAGUGAGAAGCGGGACUGGGCCUCUGGGGUCAGGUUCCUCGGUGGAUGGAUCGGGAGACGCGCACCUUUGCGGAGCGGUACUACCGGGGCCUCCGGGACCGAGUCCCUAGCGGCGGCGGCCCCACACCCAGCAGCAGCGUGACCUUCAUUCAGACGCCGGACGCCUUCUCCUAUGCUGACUUCGUGAAGGGCUUCCUGCUGCCUAACCUGCCCUGCGUGUUUUCCAGCGCCUUCACCGAGGGCUGGGGCAGCAGGCGACGCUGGGUGACAUCGGAGGGAAAGCCUGACUUCGAGUACCUGCAGCAGAAGUAUGGAGACGCGGUUGUACCGGUUGCUAACUGUGGAGUGCGGGAAUACAAUUCAAACCCCAAGGAGCACAUGCCCUUCCGUGACUAUAUCAGUUACUGGAAGGAGUACAUCCAAGGGGGCUACUCCUCUCCGCGGGGCUGCCUCUACCUCAAGGACUGGCAUCUGUGCAGAGACUCCUUGGUGGAUGACUUGGAAGAUAUAUUCACCCUGCCUGAGUACUUCUCAUCAGACUGGCUGAAUGAGUUCUGGGACGUCCUCAAUGUGGAUGAUUACCGUUUUGUCUAUGCAGGCCCCAGGGGCACCUGGUCUCCCUUCCAUGCAGACAUCUUCCGCUCAUUCAGCUGGUCAGUCAACAUCUGUGGGAAGAAGAAAUGGUUGUUCUUCCCGCCAGGGCAGGAGGAAGCCCUUCGGGACUGCCAUGGUAGCCUGCCCUACGAUGUGACUUCCACUGAGCUCCUGGACACCCACCUGUAUCCCAGGACCCAGCACAACAGCCUUCCCAUUGAAGUCAUACAGGAGCCUGGUGAGAUGGUGUUUGUGCCCAGCGGGUGGCACCAUCAAGUGUACAACCUGGAUGACACUAUCUCUAUCAACCACAACUGGGUCAAUGGCUGCAACCUGGCAAACAUGUGGCACUUCUUGCAGCAAGAGCUCCAGGCCGUGCAGCAUGAGGUUGGAGAAUGGAAGGACUCCAUGCCUGACUGGCAUCACCACUGCCAGGUCAUCAUGAAGUCCUGCACGGGGAUCAACUUUGAAGAAUUUUACCAUUUUCUCAAAAUCAUCGCUGAGAAGAGGCUCCUUGUCCUGAGACAAGGACUGAAGGGGGAUUCAGGGGACAGCCAGAGCCUAGGCCUGGGCCUACAGCAGGCUGCGUUUGAUAUUGGCCGCCUCGCAGAUGUGCUGGCCUCUGUGGUUGUGAAUCCUGACUUUCAGAGAGUAGACACCAGCGUAUUCUCACCACAGCCAGAGGAGUUGCUUCAGCAGCUGGAGGACACAGUGACUGCUACAGAGGCCCUUUAGUAUGUUACAUAUCAAGAUGCAGGGAGAAUUCUGGAGAGCAGCCUCUCUUGCCCCAGGGCCCUUCUGGAAAUGCAAGCUAUCUUCCCUUGAGGAAUAGGAUGUGCCCCAAGCCUGUGCCAGUGCAGUUCUUACAGAGUGGACCUUGAGGAAGGUCCAGCCAAAAUGGGAAUUUAACUCUUGGAGGCUAGAGAGAUCUGGCCUCUAGCAAGCCUGCCAAGAAUGUGAAUUGAGUAGUGGUCAUGAAAUUAGGUUUCUUCCGAGCCUCUCAGCCUCUUCUAGUUAUCCUAGGACUCCUGAGUGAUGGACAUCCAAUCUGCCUACCUUGGAGGUGUCCCUGUGUAACCUGGGACAUAGAUAUAUAUGUAUGUAUGCAGUUGCCCUCCAAGCCUCUUCAUCCUCUAGUUCUGUCCUAGGAGCUCCAGACCCCAACUAAACUAGGAGGAAUUAACCAGGGUAUGAUAAGCUGAAGGGGGAGUUCUUUAGAUGGGUGUUGUUUGCCAGGGGCUGGAGGCACAGUGCUAAGUGGCUGAAAAACUCAGGUACUGGUCCAUCCAAGUCCUCGGGAUGGAGAUGAUGGUACAGAACUAGGGAGCAGUAGCAUUCUUCCCCACAGCAUUCCUUAAAGGCCUGGCCUCCUAUGCUAGCUCAUCUGCAGAAGUAUAGCGAGCCCUGCAGUGGAGACAGAUACCCAGUCUCGGGCUGACUCUGGAUAAGUCAGUGCCUCUGUUGGCUGUGCUCAUUGCCCAUGCAUGUUCUCUGAGUCUGAGGUGGAGACCAACAAUUGCUUCAUGGCCUGCACGAAUCCAUAUGACACUUCUGGUGUCUGCACACCACCAUGUUCUCUGUGCUGUUUCUAGAAGUAGGGGUUGUGGCUUAGGGCAGGGGUGUGCAACCACUGUGAGAGCCUGCUGCUUACUCUGGACUGCAGCAUAGACCACCAGGAUGAAGCACAACUCUAAAUAAUGCUGGACUUGUAGACAUCUUUGCAGACAAAAAACUGCCUAAACCUGUAGCCUUCAAGGUCUGAGCUGAGGCCUUAUAGGAAGAAGGAAAUUGUAAGUAGAAUUGGCCACAAUCUUUGUAGGCUUCUUAUACAGGACCUCAUGCCAAUGGCACACCCUAUUAUCCCUAAGAACCGCUUCCGGGUAAGACCUGGGAAUAUUUUCGGCAGAGCCACGUGAGGCUUUAGAAAGCUGCAUCUUACAAGGCACAACUGGUGGUGUGCUGCAGACUAGCUAAUUCACCCUGUGAGCUGCAGGUCCUCUACAGACUAGCUAAGUGUAAGCAUGUGGGUAGGGGCGGGGACACCUGUCUUUCUUCCCUGCCUGCCUCGAAGAGCAGCUUUCCUCUUGGUUAGGACCACUGGGGAGCUGCUGGAGAUCAGUGCCCAGGAGGAUGGCGCUCGGUGUUGAUGUACAAUCAGUGGAAAGAAAAUUAUUUACUAAUACCUUCAAGCCCUUUAUCAGCUAAAUAGUGGAAGCACCUCCUAUUUCAGAGCCUCUGCCAGCACUAUUUUAGGGAGUCCUCAGACAUGGCCAGGUAGAUAAGCUUGUCCAGACUCUUGCCUUUAGCUGGUCAGGGUUGUAGUACCUGGGGCCCUGGUUCCUUUCCCUAUGUGAAGACACUUCAACUUCACUCAAGUGGCCCAGCAAGUUAAUUUACUCUAGACUGACAGAAUUAAAAAUUAACAUCCUAGGCCUUGUAUGAUAGAUACUGGCUACUAUGUAUUCCCAUGACCAUUAUAACUAGACGAAUAGAAUCCCGAGUCAGAUUAACAGCCAGGAGGGGCCCACGAUACAUGGCUCAGCAGGUAAAGGUACUUACUUGCUGUGCAAAUCUGUUGCCAGGUUUGAACCCUAGAAUCCAUGUCAAAGUGGAGGAGCCCCUUCAUGCUGCUUAAGUACUUCAUAAACUGCCCAAAUCCUAGCUUGAACCGCCUCUACCACAAUUUGAAAGUUGUUUACGGAUUUCUGCCCAGUCCAGGCUGUCCAGGUAUGCCUGGUGCCACUCUUAUUGCUGAUUCUUGUAGCCAAAAUUAGUGUUUUGCGAGAUCUUAAAUCAUGUUAUGUGUUGCCCCAGCUGCCGAAGGCACAACCUUAAUUUACUGACACAUGUUCCCAUUGUGACACUGCUGUUUGAAGGAAUCAUUAACAAAAGAAAAAUAUCCUGCCGGGUGGUGAUGGCAGCACAUGCCUUUAAUCCCAGCACUUGAGAGGCAGAGGCAGGUGGAUUUCUGAGUGAGGCCAGCCUGGUCUACAGAGUGAGUUCCAGGACAGCCAGGGCUAUACAGAGAAACCCUGUCUUGGAAAAGAAAAAUAUCCUAAUCUGAGCCCGAGGAGGGGCUCAAAUCUGUGUUCAGGGAAUCCUCUUCCCUCAUCCCUCCCAGUAGGAGGAUGAUACACACACACACAGGCCACUAUGCCUGGCUAAGCCUGCAAUUAAAUAAGAAAUAGUUGGAGAACUAAAGUGUAGAUAUAGAUUAUGGGAGGGUAAAAUAAAAAAUCAAGAGCAACAUAAGAAAAUACACCAGAGGGUACCAAAAAUGAAGAGACAGUAUACAAACUAUUUGUAAGAUAGCUACCUAGGGGGAAAAUGAUAAGCUGGCAGGACUAAAGAAUAAGCAUCUUGGAUCAAUAACUCAAAAAAUAGAACCUACACAGUAAAAUGGAAAUAACCAGCACAAGUCUUUGGAAUAGACUUCCAAAAGUUGGUUUAUAAAAAAAAAAUCACUAACCUGGGCUGGAGAAAUGGCUUAGCAGUUAAAAGCACUGACUGCUUUUCCAGAGGUCUUGAGUUCAAUUCCCAGCAACCACAUGGUGGAUCACAACCAUCUGUAAUGGGAUUGGAUGACCUCUUCUGGAGUCUUUGAAGACAGUACAGUAUACUCACAUAAGUCUUUUCUUUAAAAUAAAAUAAAGAAAAAUCAAUACC